AAUACUCCCGUUCACUGGGGAUCUGCUCUCCCAGAAGUCCUGUUCAUAGCAAUGUGUUAAAGACUGUAUGUGUAUACAUGAGAUGAUUUGGAUUCCGGUUCCCUUCGCAGGUGUUGAGUAGAGAAGGCUUUCCCUUCGAUAAAUAAUUGAUAAGUGUUUCUUAUCAAUGACCAACAAUACAAGACCAGGAUGUGUUCCUGGCUGGCAAAGUUAGUGUUGCAGUAAACAUGAUUAGAAAAAGGAAAGAAAUAUAUAUUUCAUAUCUAUAUCUCUAUCUCUAUCUCUAUCAAUGAUAUUCCCAUUGAUAAUGAAUAUUGUGUUCAAUCAUCACCAGUUUGGUUUGUCUUAUUUAUUAACGAAUAAUAACUGAUAUUAUUAAUUAAGAUAGUUAGCAAUAAGGUGGACAAGAAGUUAUCAUUCUGAAUCCUACAUUUGAGGUUUAAGGUCAAAUAUGUGCACUGUUUUAUUAAACCUCAAAGGUCAAGGGUCAAGAACGGCCAGCAUGAGGCCACCAUUCAGGACAUUUCGCACGGCUGCAUCAACAUUCAGAGUUUGAUGAGUUACCGGAGUCAAACGGACCAUAGAGAACGUCCGGGCUGCAGUGAUCGGUACUCUGUUGUCAAACAGGAUGUGGCACACGGCAUCAGCACCACCCCUCACAGCUCCUCUCAAAACAAACGCCACACCCCGUGCCAACGGGCCCCAAAGGCUCAUGGGAGUCCCGCUCUCCCAGAACGCACUGCCAGCCCUCAGGUUGGCGCUCGGCCUUUGAGUAGUGAGGUCUUUCAGCUCCUCCAUGCCACCGCUCAAUGUGAGGGGAGGUCGUUCACGCUGUGGAAGAAGUCCUGAUAGUGUUGAGAGACGAAGGCUAAAUGAAGGGCAGACUGAAGGACAGACUGAGGGCAGGGACAGACUACUGACAAACAGCCACUGCUGUGGGGCGAGGACAUAAACAAGUCUGAAAGAAACAAGAAAUUCUAGAAAUAAGAAUCAGGUUCAAAGCUUCAUUUGUGGGAUUUGUGUGAAGGAACGUCCAGGCUUUAGUGGUAAUUCAAUGUCGCACAGAGUGGGGAAGGGCUUUGUAACUUUUGAAGGUUGCCACUGGCACACGACCAAAGUUGGACCACAAAUGUGAUUUGUUCCGUGCUUGAGUAAGUGGGAGUGGAGAGACCUUUGUAGAGGAUUGUUGCACAAUGAAUGCUAAUGUUCUGCUGGAGCUAUCUACUGUAGGCUAUGCAUUUAAUGGUUCAUAACAUGACCAGUCCCUAUACUCUUAUUUUGCUUUUGGUUAUUUUGCACCGCGUCGUUUAGUCUCAGCUCAAUAGUUUUAAAACCAGAGGGUUUAAGAGUUUAAGGUUUCUCUUAAUUUAUUAUUGGUUUUAUAUCAUGUAUGUCAAUAUACAUAUAACUCUUGGAUGAUGACUGCUGUAGUUUAAUCUCUGAUUCACUUUCACAUUGGACCGAAAUCUACUAUUAUUGGAUGCUCUUCAUCCUCUAGGUGAUUAUAGCUCGGCAUGAUGAGUGGCUGGAUGACCUCCCCCUGGUAGCUAGUAAAUCAGCCAGCCAGUCAGACCAAACAUCAACUAGUCGGGCUGUACUGUAUCCACAAUACUGUGGCGGUCAUGGAUGUAAUAGAUUAACUUUGAGCUGGAGAUCGGGUUAUUACGGAUCGCAUCAGGAACCGACUGCACGGACUAUCCAAAGGGAACCGGUUCAGGAGCGGCUCGGCGUGGAGCGGCUCCUGGGGAUCUGAUCUAGAAAAGUUAAGACGCCAAAUUAGCGACGUUUCUAAUCCGCUGUUAGCCGUCAGGAUGCUGUGCUAGCGCAGGAUCCACGACCCGGUUCUCAUCACAGCACCAUGUCCUCCCGGGAGCGCCGGACGGACCUGUACAUCAAGGCGGAGCCCAGCAGCCCGGAGGGCGGCGGCGGCGGCCGGAACAGCCCGGGCGGAGCCUCCUCGGACUCCUCCCAGAGCGGGGGGGGCGGCGGGGGGGGAGGGGGCGGGACGCGGGGCGACGGCGGCCGGCGCUACUCCCCCCCGCUGUACACGCCCCCCCUGCGGUGCCACUUCAAGGAGGAGGGGGGCGACGGCGUGGAGGAGGGGUCCACGGGCAGCGGCGGCGGGCGCUGCAAGUACACCCUGAGCACGCUGCCCAAGAGGCUGUGCCUGGUGUGCGGAGACGUGGCGUCGGGCUACCACUACGGCGUGGCGUCCUGCGAGGCCUGCAAGGCCUUCUUCAAGAGGACCAUCCAAGGUAACAUCGAGUACAGCUGUCCGGCGUCCAACGAGUGUGAGAUCACCAAGCGCCGGCGGAAGGCGUGCCAGGCCUGCCGCUUCACCAAGUGUCUGAAGGUCGGCAUGCUGAAGGAGGGGGUCCGCCUGGACCGGGUGAGGGGGGGCCGGCAGAAGUACAAGCGGCGGCCGGAGGUGGAGAACGCGACCUAUCAGAGUGCGCCGCUGCCGCUGAGGAAGGAGGGGGAGAAGGGCUCCUCCCACAUCAUCGUGUCCCACCUGCUGGUGGCGGAGCCCGAGAAGCUGUUCGCCAUGCCGGACCCCCUGCAGCCCGACACCGCCCAGCGGACGCUCACCACGCUGUGCGACCUGGCCGACCGCGAGCUGGUCGUCAUCAUCGGCUGGGCCAAGCACAUCCCCGGCUUCCUGUCCCUCUCCCUGGCCGACCAGAUGUCGGUGCUGCAGUCGGUGUGGCUGGAGGUGCUGGUGCUGGGCGUGGCCUAUCGCUCGCUGGGCUGCGAGGACGAGGUGGUGUUCGCCGAGGACUUCGUCCUGGACGAGGAGAUGUCCCGCGUGGCCGGCCUCACCGAGCUCAACGCCGCCAUCAGCCAGCUGGCCCGCCGCUUCCGCGUCCUCAACGUCGACCGCGAGGAGUUCGUCAUGCUGAAGGCCAUCGCCCUCACCAACUCAGACUCUGUGUACAUCGAGGACAUGGAGGCGGUGCAGAAGCUGCGGGACCUCCUCCAUCAGGCGCUAGUGGAGCUGGAGUCCCAGCGGCGGCCGGAGGACGGGCAGCGGGCGGGCCGGCUGCUGCUCACGCUGCCCCUCCUCCGGCAGACGGCGGGCCGCGCCCUCACCACCUUCUACAGCAUCAAGAGCCGCGGCGGCGUGCCCAUGCAUAAACUCUUCCUGGAGAUGCUGGAGGCCAUGAUGGACUCCCCCUAGAGGAGGAGCUGGAGGAGGAGGAGGAGGAGCAGGUGGUGCGGGGGGCGGGAGUCGUAAGAGUGUUGAGGACGCUGGCGCUAUCUUCUUCACAAAGGUCUCGUCCACAAGGAGGAGUGAGGGACUCUUAUUGUGGAGCCCUGAUGGGAGACUCUUAUUGUGAAGCCCUGAUGAGGGGCUCUUAUUAUGGAGCCCUGAUGAGGGGCUCUUAUUUUGGAGCCACUGAUGAGGGACUCUUAUUGUGGAGCUUCACCGUCCUGCACGAAGCCGCCCAUUGAUCCUAGGACUGGUCAACUCUUCCGGGCCUUGAGUGACCGAACGUUUUAUUAUUAUUAUUAUUAUUAUUAUUAUGGGAUGUUUGACAGAUGGUGGCGUUCUGCAGUAACCAGGGAGACGGUCGGUCCCUCCUCCCUGUGCGGUCGACGCUGCGUAACCACGACGAUCAACGCUGAACAAGUAUUCGCAAAAAACGACGGAGAAAAAUCAGUUUGUCUGUCGACCUUGUGCAGCUGAUAGCUGCUCCAUAGCCAUAGGCUGGCCCGAGGGCCAAUGAGGGCCGGGUGGGCGGGGCUCACACUGAGGGUUUCUAGGGUGGGCUGACAGAUCAUAGGAACUACUUGCAAUAUGUUAAAAGCAAUACAUUAAAGUGACAGCUGGGUGGGGGGAGGGGCUUUAGAAUAGAAAACGAGGAAAGGAAAGGCGACGCAAUCGGUUUAUGUCAUGAAAGCAAAUCUAAAGAUUGUAUAGUCGGAAAGUCACAUUGAGUUUUUAUGUCAUAUAGGUACUUGCUUCCAUAAAAGUGUGUGUGUGUGUGUGUGUGUGUGUGUGUGUGUGUGUGUGUGUGUGUGUGUGUGUGUGUGUGUGUGUGUGUGUGUGUGUGUGUGUGUGUGUGUGUGUGUGUGUGUGUGUGUUCAGGGAAAAUGUUUUUUGUUUUUCCCUUUAUAAGCCGGAGCCUGGCGGCCAUUUUAGAAGAUGAGGAAUGCAAACCCUGUUUUUCUAUUACUGUCGUUAACUUGAUUUGAGCAACAAAAAUAAGUUUCCUUUAGAGAACGCUCUGUAUGAAACUAAGUGUUCUAGAUUUGGUUUUAUCGACUCAGCGGCCUGAGAGAUGUUGAAACAUCUCUCUGCCGUUACUAAAUGAGAAUGUUUAAAGGGUUCAACGCCCAGACCCUCGAGGGAUUAGUGAACACAAGGGGUCACGAAAAGGUUAAACUCUCCUUCAGUAGGAACAAAAACAAGAAUGGCGGUCUGAGAUGGUCCUGGGACAUGCUGCUGUGCUCUGAUGGUCGUUAUGGUAACGUAUGCUGACGUCUAGAGAGGAGAUGGACAACCAGAUGUUAUCCAGAAGAAAAGACGACCCAAUUGUAACAUGUUUUUGACCACCCUUUCAAUCUAGCAUUUUAAAAUACAUGAUUUACGUUGUUGACUUUGCUAAAGGUUUAAAAAAAAUAAUAAUAUUAUGAAGAUAUUUGCAUUGUUUUUAAAUGAAAGUGUGUUUUGAGUUCUAGUGGUAGGAUGAGGGGGUUUCAUGGGGUUUGUCCUGAAACCCUGGAAACAUUAAGCCAGUAAAGACACAACUAUUAAGGGCAUCUCGUACUGGUCCUGGCUCUCUGAUCAGCUCACUACCAGUUCACACCACACAUGUGGGGACUCCUCUGGGGUUUUACAUUUUAUGACUUCCUCCCCCAUUCUGACUCGCUUCCUCCUCCGCUCACUAAAGCAGAACAUUCGGUCGAGGGUUCCACUCUUUCGGAGGAUAUCUUCGGUGGCUGAUGGAUCUUUAUGUUCGUGCGUGAUGAGCUGAUGGAACCGUCUCCCGCCGGGGGUCAGAUGUAGAAUACAGCCCCCCCCCCCAAUCACUGCAUCACAGCAGUUUGAGCAAAUGUCCACCGUCCACUUUGAAUUAAUACCGUCAUUUGUAAUUUCUGUUCAGAAUGUGUUCAUUAAUAUUGGUGAGCAAUACAAGAAAUUACCAAAACUCUCACAUUUCCUUGUAUAGCCACAGUGUAAAAUUAACAUUGCCAGUUAUAACGAAAAAUAGUUACUUAAUGUUAUAUUAUUUAGGGGUUAAAAUCAAUGUUUGUAUUUUGGAAGACUAUUUAAAUGAUUAAAUUCUAUUUUUUACUCAAUUUACUGUUUGUUGACACUUGUUUUACCUUUCUGUGCGUGAUAAUUGCUGUGAAGCUAUGUGUUACUCAUUAAUGAAAGCGUUCUGUGUCUAAGGCUGUCCCUAUGAAGACCACUGUGAGCCGCCGGUACCACCAGGUGGCGGAUCAUUGUGGUGCUUUUGUGUUGUGUAAUAAAUAUGGAGCCAGCGCCACCACA